GGCUAACAUAAAGAGAGCAUCAAAAUGUAAUGGCACUUUCAGUAAUCAAAUUCUAUCGAUUGGGGUAUUUGAGUAUUUCCCAUGUUCUGAAAUUACGAACAAGUCCUCCAGUCAACUCCAGUGUCUUAUCGAACGCAUUGCAGUCGAGUCCAGGGUGGAUUUGUGCGGGGAGAGAGAGCAAAUCCAGCCAGAUCUCUCAACCUUGCUCCGUCUCCGAGCUUCUGCAGAACUUUUGGGCAUUUUUGUUGGUGGGUAUUUGAAGUGGGUUUGGGGUCGGGGGUCAGAAUAUGGCGGGGGGAGUGAACAGGAAGAUAUCGGCGGCAUCAGCCCGGGCUCAUACCAGAAAAUCUAGGCAAAGUUCUUCUUUUCGUCUUCCUUCUGGGAUGUUCAAGAAAAUACUAGUGGUCUUAUUGAUGGGGUUCCUGGCCUGGGCUUAUCAGGCAAUCCAAUCUCCUCCUCCCAAGAUAUGUGGCUCUCCAGAUGGUCCCCCUGUUACAGCUUCUAGAAUAAAGCUCAGUGAUGGAAGGCAUUUGGCUUACAAAGAACAUGGAAUCCCAAAGGAUAGAGCCAAGUAUAAAAUUGUUUAUGUUCAUGGCUUUGAUUCCUGCAGGCAUGAUGUCGUUGUUGCCACUUCUCUUUCUCCGGAAAUUGUUGAAGAAUUGGGCAUCUACAUUGUGUCCUUUGAUAGACCUGGUUAUGGAGAGAGUGAUCCUAAUCCUAAAAGAACUGUGAAGAGCAUACCAUUGGAUAUUGAAGAGCUUGCUGAUCAGUUAGGACUGGGAUCCAAGUUCUAUGUAAUUGGUUUUUCCAUGGGUGGACAGGUGAUUUGGAGUUGCCUCAAGUAUAUCCCUCACAGGCUGGCAGGUGCAACACUGAUAGCUCCAGUGGUCAACUACUGGUGGCCUAGCUUUCCUGCAAACUUAUCUAAAGAAGCCUACUACCAACAGUUUCGGCAGGAUCAGUGGACGCUUCGUGUUGCUCACUACACGCCAUGGCUUACCUACUGGUGGAACACUCAAAAGUGGUUUCCUGCUUCUAGUGUUGCAGAACACAGCACUGAUAUUCUUUCUCACCAAGACAAAGAGCUCAUGCUUACUAAGCUUUCAAAGAGAAAGGAAUAUAUGGCGCAGGUGAGACAACAAGGAGAAUUUGAGUCCAUCCACCGUGACUUGAUGAUUGGAUUUGGAACUUGGGAAUUUGAUCCCAUGGAUCUAAAGAACCCAUUCCCAAACAAUGAAGGUUCUGUCCACCUAUGGCAUGGAGAUGAAGAUGCAAUGGUGCCUGUUUCACUGCAACGCUACAUUGCCCAACAGCUCCCAUGGAUUCAAUAUCAUGAGGUACCAGGUGCUGGACACUUGUUCCCAUAUGCUGAAGGAAGGACCGAUGCUAUCAUUAAGGCACUCUUAACUGGGGAAAAGUAGCUUCCACAUAUAUAAAGAGCUAGCGCAGGUCGGCUUUGGUGUGCUUCCUUUGUUUAUUAUCUGUUUUGGAGUUUUGAAAUUGCUUCUGGUCAUUUUUACAUUUAUGGAAAAUUUUGUACUGCCCAUUGUUGUUUCCACAGUUCUAUUUAUGAUGAGAAACACAACUGUUACUCCAUACUUCAGAAUUUUAACUUAAACAAGUGAGGACAACAUUCUGAUACUUCAGUGGAUUCCCUUAUCUCUUGGUCUGCAGAAAAAUGAUGAGAUGGGUAUUCACCAGCCCUAGGAUUGUUUCUACUAAUAGAAUAACCUAAGAUUUCAGAAUCUCUGUGGAUUUGCAAAUGUGGUUCAGAUUCUCUCUUCCCUGUCUCAAAACGUCUGUUUCUGUUCAGGGUCUGCAUCUAUGUAGGUCAUGCAGUUUGCCCAAGUAGGCCAAAACUGCCACUCUUUCCUUAAAUAUUCAAUGUGCAACUGAGCAUUGCAGCUCAUCAACGAAACCGAACAUGUUCAAAAAAUUGAUAAUGAUAUUUUUCAGAAUAUGAAGUGAUAUAUGCCUUGAUUGCUGAUUUUUUUUUUCUUUUUUUUUUUUCAGAAAUUGAAGUGUAUACGUAAUGUGCCUUGGUUUUCCUAAUAUCACUAAAGCCUUCCAAUGGUCAUCAUCAUGAGAUGGUUGGAUGAUGCCUCCCCCUCUUUGCUGUACUUUUCUUUAAUUUUCGGCUUUACAGCUCCACCAUGCUGUGGAAUGAUGGUCAUGAUAGUAGCCAUGACUAUUUUAUGUAGAAGUCUUACUUUUUUAUUUUAGUUUUUAAUUUUCCAGUAUGGUUAAACAAUUAAUAAAAUUGUUUUCAUUUGUAA